AACCCUGAGCGUCAUAAAAAAAAAGCCUUAAGCAGCUAUGGCUAUAUAAAUGACAUUUACCACUUGUCAGAUCAGCAUCAGAAACAUUAGCUUGAUGUAAAUGCAACGUCUUACGGCUUCAAAACAUUAAAAACUAUAUAGAUAGAUUUUUUAAAGUUACAGGGAGCUGAGGAAACGUGUUAGUACAAAAAGAAGGACUUGGACGAUUGGAGGAAAUUUUGGAGGUUGGUUUUCUAGUUAUAGUCGAUUAAAUUCAUGGUUGGCUUUUGUCGGGGCAAAAUGGCAAGUCCGAGCAAAAAGGCAAAAAAACCGAUUAUCACCAAGGUGUUUAAUGAUUCCAUCCAUGGUAGCAUAGAGUUACACCCACUCCUCAUCAAGAUCAUUGACACACCUCAGUUCCAGAGACUUCGAUUCAUAAAGCAGCUUGGAGGUGUCUACUUUGUUUACCCUGGAGCGUCUCACAACCGCUUUGAACACUCGAUCGGGGUGGGAUACUUAGCAGGAAAACUUGCUGAGGCUCUCAGGUCAAGGCAGCCGGAACUCAACAUCACUGACAGAGACGUCCUUUGUGUUCAGAUUGCUGGCCUCUGUCAUGACCUGGGUCAUGGACCCUUUUCCCAUCUGUAUGAUGGACUGUUCCUCCCCAAAGCACUGGAAAAAAAGAGGAAAUUAAAGAAAUGGAAGCAUGAAAAUGGCUCUUGUGACAUGCUAGACCACCUGCUGAAAGAGAAUAAUCUUAAACCAGUGAUGGAGAAGUAUGGACUGAAACCUGAAGACAACAUAACAUUCAUCAAGGAGAUGAUUGCUGGACCUCUACAGGAAUCUAAAGAGAGGAGGCAAUGGACUUCAAAGCGCCCAGAAGAAAAGUCCUUCCUCUACGAAAUUGUGUCCAACAAAAGAAACGGCGUUGAUGUGGACAAGUUUGACUACUUGGCCAGGUCAGGUUUUAAUGAAGUGCUGUAA